AUGGCCUCGAACCGCUUCUGGACCUCCUCUUCGGUCUCCUUCCGAAUUCGCGCCUCAAAAUCCUUCUGCUCAUCUGCCAGUUUAUAUCCGGUGGAUCUCGAGAAGGAUAAGGGGGUUGAGGAGGAACAUAAGGAAGGUCCGAAUAGGAAGGACCAGGCUGUCCGUAUUGUGGAUUUUGAUAUUGCGGAUUUUGAUAUUGUGGAUUUUGAUAUUGUGGAUUUUGAUAUUGUGGAUUUUGAUAUUGCGGAUUUUGAUAUUGUGGAUUUUGAUAUUGUGGAUUUUGAUAUUGCGGAUUUUGAUAUUGCGGAUUUUGAUAUUGCGGAUUUUGAUAUUGCGGAUUUUGAUAUUGCGGAUCUUGAUACUCCAGAGGAUUCUGAUGUUGCUGAGCUUGUUGAUUCGUACUUCUGUGCGGAUAAGAAGUCCGGCGUGCCUGCGAUGCUUGUGGACGAUUUGAUGGGCGUGGGUGCAAGUUGGGAACACUCGGCCUGCCUGUUACCGGUUCCGGGUAGUUCACGAGAUGGGACGGGUACGCCGUACUGGAUAGCCCUGGCCGUGGUCCAUAUGGUCCAUAUUGGUAUCCUCGAGGCAGCUCAGGAAUGUGGCGAGAGCCAUAUUGAACUUGGCCUAUUGGCAUAA